AUGGAGUCCCGGCUCUACGCCCCGGGUCCCUUGCUGCCGAUUGCGCCCUACAGCGUGCCCCUCGGGCCCCCUUACGCGCGGCUGCGCCCCGGAAUGCCUCCUACCUACAGCAUCGAGGGUAUCCUCGGCGUCCAGCCGCCUUUCGUGGCCAGCGUUCCGGACAGCUAUCGCGGCCCGCCGCAAAACAAGGUGGCACCGUCGACAGCGGUUUCGAAGCAGACAACUUCCAUCAAAAAAGUGUCCUCCUUGGGGCAACCGUCUUCCCAGCCACAGCACGAUGACAGCAGUAGAAGGAGGCGCCACCUUCAGGAGGAGGGCGCAGAGGACGACGGGGAGGACGAAGACGAGAAGCGCAGGAGGACGCGUACCAACUUCAACGGGUGGCAGUUGGAGGAGUUGGAGAAGGCGUUCGAGGCUUCACACUACCCCGACGUGUUUAUGAGGGAGGCUUUGGCAUCGAGGCUAGACUUAGUAGAGUCUAGAGUACAGGUAUGGUUUCAAAACAGGAGAGCGAAAUGGCGCAAAAAGGAGAACACGAAGAAGGGCCCCGGCCGCCCCGCACACAACGCCCACCCUCAGACGUGUUCGGGCGACCCCAUCCCGCCCGAUGAGAUAGCCCGGAGGGACAGGGACCGGCGGGAGAAAAAACUGCGGAAACAGCUCGAAAGGCAGGCCAGGAGGUUGCAGCAGCAGAACAAAUUAGGUAAAGGCAGCUCGAGUGGUCUAGCGGAAUCCGUGCGACAGACUCUGGCAGACCUAUUUCGAGUCAGUCCCAGAAAAGACCCCCAACACCUUCUUGGCCCUGAACUCUCCCCUCUCCUCGACUCUUUGGGAUUCAGGACUCAGCCUCACUCAAACACCGGAGCAGUCCCAUUCCAUCCUGGUAGUAAUUCCCACCUUGACUACACUUCUGAUGACGUUGACGAUGUCGAGGAUUCUAACGAAGUGCAUGCCAUCGAAUCGCCUUCUACCAAAGACAUAACUUCACCAGACGCACACAGACCUAAAAGCAAUCUAUUCAGCAUAGCCAACAUCCUGGCUUCUGAUAGCAGUCGCUCCAAGCCCAUCCGACACCCCUUCCUAAGGCAACCAGCUGGAUUUCUGGUUGCCCAAAGGUCCGAGCCAUCUGGAGGACCACUGAACAGGAGGACCAGCUUAACAGACAGUUGUUGCACCAGCAGUUGUGGUUCUUCGUCGCCCAUCACGCCUGAAGAUAGGGAAGAUUUUGAAAUGCCCUCGCCUCCUACGAGUGGUACAAACUAUCCAUUGUUGAAUCCAGGAUAG